AUGUCAUAAUUAUUUUCCAUCUCUCGCUCUUUGUUUCCAGGUGUAUUAUUUAUAUCUUUACAUUGGUAGUAUGAUAUUCCUACUCUUUAUGUACGCAACACUGCUAUGGGGAAGACCAAAAAUUCCAACCAAUAUAGCUUCACCCACAAAACUCUCAGCCAAGACUCGGUCAACAAGUGCAUCAGAAACUAUGGAUGAAUCAGAUACGGAUAGCACCUCAACAGAUCGUAAUAAACGUAUGCCACCGGCUAUAUCAUCGGCGAGACGACCCUCUAUAUUAUCGCCAUUGGGGCGACAACAUCAUUACGGUAGCUUCUAUUUGCGUAUGGGUGCCGUAGCCUUUGGUAUUGGUAGCAUGAUAUAUUCUGGUCUAGAAUUUGGUCAAUAUUUUGAAUUAAAUCCGGACACGAAGUGUCACAAUGUUUUGUUGGCUUUGACACCAGCUACAAGGAUGGCAUUCAUUUUUAUUCAAAUGUAUUUUAUAUUUUUGAAUAAUGAGCAAAUCAAAGUGUAUCGUUAUAAAAUCAUAGCCCGCUUCGGACUAAUGCAUAUGAUUGGCACCAAUUUGGCCGUGUGGUUGAAUGUCCUGAUACAGGAGACAAAACAUGAAAUUUUAACAUUUUAUAAUCCCGAAAAUCGAACAUUACGUAUAUCACAUCGAAUACCGGGCCAUUCAAGGGCACAUUCCGUUUUGGCACCAUCAGAUCCUAAUGUUUUGCUAAGAGUUCCACGUGGCUUGAAAGGACCCUAUCAAAUAUUUGAAUGUCGUCGUACAAAUAUAUUGGGAACAUUAGUGCAAGAUGCCUCACCAUUCCUGUUCCCCUGUACCAUUGAAUAUUCGUUGAUAUGUGCCGCUAUCCUAUAUGUUAUGUGGAAGAGUAUUUCGAGACCGCAAAUACCAAAACCACAACGUCCCGAUAUGAUAAGUUCACCAAUAAAGCGAUCGCCUCACCAUUAUUCAGUGGAUUGUGCCAGGGCACAUAAAGGCCUGUUUGUGGGAAUUUUGAUAUUGGUAUUGACCAUUAUUUCGUUGAUCCUAUUUUUCGUAUUGAUCUCACGACCGGAUUUUGUCGCCUUGGCUGUUAUGGAAGUGACAAUUUGUGAAUUGUUUAUUUAUGGUACAGCGACAAUAGCCACCCUGGUGGGAAUGAUACAGAUAAGGCAUUUGCAGUAUGAUGCCUAUCGAAGCUUUUCGUUGGAUGAUAUUUUGUUGGUUGGCGCCCAGACGGGAUCAUUUUUAUAUAACAUUUUCACAGUGAUUGCAGGACACUUUUCGCUACGCAGUGAUGAUUGGUUGGUGCCACUCAACGCCUUGGCCUCCAUUGUUCAGACCGCCUGCCAAACGAUGUUCAUUUUGGAUGCUAGUCGACGACAGGCUGUCACACCGGAACACAUUCGCAAAAAACCCGGAAGGGAAAUUGUUACCUUUAUGUUGGUUGUUAAUUUGGCCAUGUGGGCCAUAUCCACGCUGGAAAAGUCACGAGCCGAAUCACAUCCUAUACAGCUGAAUUUCUAUGGCCUAUGGGCAUGGACCAUUAUUACGCAUGUCUCCAUGCCGCUGGCGAUAUUCUAUCGUUUCCAUUCCACCGUGUGUUUGUGUGAAAUCUGGAAGCGGGCAUAUAAACUAAAACCGACGUAUAUGUGAGAAUUAGCCCGUGAGCGCAUUGCUAGCAUUGCGCAACAACAACAAUUUUGUGAAGAACUUAAGACCAACUUAUCGUAUUGCUAUUGUUCGACAACGAUCGUAGAGACCAUUGAGGAGGCGGAUAGUAAUGGUGGUAGUGGCG